ACCAACCGUCGGAUCAAGCACUAUAAUUGUCUGCAACCGAGAUCUGCUCUCACAUUGCGUUUCUACGCCACCAAAAUAAUAAUAUAAUAAUAACCACAGUCACAGCCACCGCAGCAAUCAUUUUUCCGGCACGUUCCAUAGCCUUCAUCCAAUCGAAAUACCAUCUCUGCUCGGUCGUCUUUGAUCUUGGUCUUAAUUGCUUUAUUUCCAAGUGUUUUCCUGCAAUUUUCUGGUUUUCUUUAGAAGCUAAUUCACAUUUCGGAAUCAAAAUACAAGACUUGAGCAACUGCUUCACUGUUCCUUAGGAUUUUUGGUGGAAUGGAUUGGGGUUUUGCACACAAAACUUGGGAGAAGUGGGCUUCCCACAGCAUUGGUUCCUCUGGUAACAUACCCUUUUCAAUUGCUAUAUGUAUAACUCAUACAUUUACAGAUUUUGUUUAUUGCAACUUAUUAGGCAAACCAUUGAAGGCAGCUUUGCUUAUUAACUAUGACCCCUCUGGACCAUCACGGUUAUUGUCUACCAUUGCAGAACAAGAAGGGAUAAAAGUCAAUCCUAUUGAACUGAGUCAAUUCAUUGAUUUCAUCAAACACAACAAACUCCAAACUGAGAGCUUUAUUAUUGGGCCAAAUCAAUAUGUGGUUACUUCAAUUCAUCAGAAUUGGUUCUCUGCAAGGUGUGUAAAUACAUCAAAACCAACUGGUGAAGGUGCUAUUGUCAUGCAGACAGCAGCAUUCCUCUUGGUUGCAUUGUAUGAUGGCUCAAUUGGUGCAGCAUCUCAUGCUGUGGUGGCUGUUGAUCAGUUUGCAUUGCAGCUUGGGCGAAGAAAUCUUUAACUUUAGACAAUAGUACAAUCUACCUAAUUUGCUAUGUUAAAGUUUCCAUUGCAGAUAUGAUUUUCUAUUAUAUAAGAAUAGUUUGCUUUAGAUGUUUAUUUAUUGAAGUUAUUACAUUAUUGUUCCUAUCCUACUUAAAUCAUUCAUUCUGUUUUCGCA